AUGAACAUGAAGUGGUUUGCCUCUUUAUCUUUUUUAAUCCUUCUUGAGAGUUCCAAAACUGACAGUCAAGAUGUACGGGUAAAGCUUUGCGGUCGUGAGUUCAUUCGGAUGGUGGUCACAUCAUGUGGGAGUUCUCGACUUAAACGACACAUGCCUGAUUUCGACCAUCCCUUUGCAAACCCCCACUGGAGUCUACAAAAUUGGCUCAACAGAGAUCUCUUUGUGUACCAGAACGAGACCCCGACUGGUGAAGACAAGCAGUCAAGAGAGCAUGACUCCCCUGACAGCGUGACAGAACAGCCAGCCUCCCACCAGCACAUGAGCCCACCAGCAGAGCUCUUGGAACACUCCACCACUAUGCAGGAUAUCAGCUUCUCAUCCAGGACCCGCCGCGAUGAUGGACCAGCGGGCAUUUGCUGUACUUCGGGAUGUACUAUGAGUGAACUUAUUCAGUACUGCUAA